UUGUAUUUCUAUAUUAAAACCAAUAUAAUAAUAUUUUAACUUUAUCAUAUUUUAUCAACUUAUUUAUACAUUUACAUAGUUAUAGUUAAAAAAUGAUAUGUGGUCUAUAUAAAUUUUAAAUGAAAGAUAAAUCUCUAUAUCCCGAGAACAUGGGAAUUAUGUACGAAAAAAGGCCACUUAAGAGGCCUCGCCUCGGGCCACCUGACGUGUAUCCUCAAGAACCUCGACAAAAGGAAGAUGAGCUUACGUCUACCAACGUUAAACUGGGCUUUGCUAUAACAUCACAAAGUGACGAAUUCGGAACUGCUAGAAAUUCAAAUUAUUCGGCAUCAAAGAUUGGUCAAUAUUUCUCAGGGAUAUUAUCAAAAAAGGAAGAGCUUAAUACACUUCCUGACUGUGGGCGAAAAAGGCAGCAGGUCAAUCCUAAAGACAAUUUCUGGCCAGCUACAGCUCGCACUAAACCACAGAUUGAGGCUUGGUUUAAGGAUUUAGCUGGUAGCAAACCACUUUCUCAACUAGCUAAAAAAGCCCCAAAUUUUAAUAAAAAAGAAGAAAUCUUCAUAACAUUGACUGAAUAUCAAGUGUCUAUGCCUAGAGCUGCCUGGUUUAUAAAGCUGAGUUCUGCAUACACUGUGGCUGUCUCUGAGGCUAAAAUCAAGAAGAGACAGUUACCUGAUCCAACUACAGAAUGGACAAUCACAUUAAUCAAGUUCUUAAAAGAUCAAAUUCCCAAACUGGCAGAGUAUUAUCAAAACGCAAUACCAGGAAAUGUAUCUGACAAAACACCACCUUCACAAUCAGGUCAAGGCACUCCAAAUCAUAACUCAUCUGGUAAUCCACCAGGAAGUUCCACUCCAAAUAGCUCUACCGUACCUAAUUCACUGCAUUCACCUGGCAAUACUAGCAAUGCAGGUUCUUCAACCCCUGGCCCUUCAGAGAGUACUGAUUGGCGGCAUGCUCUAAAACUAUGGAAUUAUUGCUGUCGUUUAGCAAAAUACUUGUUGGAUGAAGGCUUGCUAGACAGACAGGAUUUUUUGACUUGGAUUAUUGAACUGUUAGCUCCUGAUGAUGGUCUUUUAAGACUAUUCCUUCCACUGGCAUUGCAACACAUGAGUGAGUUUGUAUGCUGCGAAGGUCUGUCACGACGACUGGCGACCACUUGCGCCAAGAAGGCAGCCUCCAUUUGCUCCGUCCUGUCAGAGAGCACAAUACGAACGCUUAAUCAGCCCGCUGCCUUUAUAAAAACUAUAGAAAGUAAUGCAGAGACCAGUGGCGCGCCAAUGUCACCGGCUCCAGAAACGACCAAUGGCGACGUGAAACCAAACAUAUCGCAGAUAAAACGUUCCUCAACACCGGCUGACCAAAAUCAAGGCACACCAAACCCCAACCACUCCCUCGGUACUCCUAACCCUAAUCAUUCAUUAGGUACUCCUAACCCUUUAGGCACUCCAAACCCAUCGCAACCAAUGGACGUGCAAGUAAAAGAAGAGAAUGGGUCUCCACCAUUAGACACAAAACCGACAAUGACUACGGUCAUAGCAGCAGCUUUGAACCCAGUCCAAGUUGGGUUCGGGGAGAUAUUGAACUGUUCUUAUCAUAGAGAUGUAAUCAUACAGUUGUCUACAAUACUUCAGAUAAUCUGUGUGGAGUGCCCUACCGCUAUGGUGUGGUCGGGCUGCGGUUCAUCAAUGCAAGGCUCGCCACUGGACCUACUGCCUGUACCUCCUUCUGCUUUGCCGAUGCCUUACAUGGAUUCUCACGUCACGGAAGAACAUAGGAGAAUGGUAUAUGAAGCUGAACAAGAAAUAGCAGCUAGAAGUAAGAAAGCUGAGAGUAAAUGGUGCACGGACAAAUGGCAAACUAGUUCACAAGCUCGUGUGCUCGCCGUGCUGGAAGCGUUGGACCGGCACUGCUUUGAUCGUGUGGAUCCCAAUAACAAUUUAGACACUUUGUACAAAGAAGUGUUUGCCAACUGUAAUCCGCCUUCCAAAGACGCUAAUAUGGAUAGCAAAGAUCCGGAGUGGGCGGCGCCGUACGCAGUAGUGCGCGUACUGUGCGAGUGGGCGGUGUGCUCGGCGCGCUGGGGCGAGCACCGCGCCCAGGCCGCCGCCGCGCUGCUCGACCGCCGCCAGCACCAGCUGCUGCACCACCACAUGCAGCACGACCACCACGCCACGGGUUCAGAUGACAAGGAGUCCAUCAGUUCCGGUACAGGUCUUUACAAUGGACCGCCCAUAUUCCAAAAUCUUUUAUUGCGAUUCCUCGACAAUGACGCACCAGUAUUAGAUGAAAGCUCUAACGCACCACCUGGAAACAGACAACAGUUUGCCAACUUGGUACACCUAUUUGGGGAACUUAUACGCCGCGACGUAUUUUCUCACGAUGCGUACAUGUGUACGUUGAUCUCUAGAGGUGAUCUCGUAUCACCGACCGAGCCGACUUCAUCAGUCCCGCACUCGGUACCGCCGCCUUCCGCCAGCGCUGGAGCUAAUCACAACAUGGACGACGACAUUUUUGCCGGCAUUGACCUCAAGCCCAAAAUGGAGGAGAAUGUCCGAAUGGAUCUGGAUGAUUCCAAGAUUGAUGACGAUCUGGGUAAACUACUGCAGCACAUAAAAGAAGAUCAAGAGAAUUCGAUGGACGCGCCAGAUAGUCCUAAAGAUCCCGGCGAAUCGUCACACAGUGUCAAUUCGCCAAUGAUGGGAGCAAGCGGAAUGAGUAUACAGGGCAUGCAAUCAAUGGGAAUGGGACCAAUGUCUGUACCAGGGAUGCGGUCGACGAGCGCGGGCCCGUCGAGCGGGGGCGCGGGGGGCGCGGGGGGCGCGGCGAGCGCGGGCGGCGCGGGCGGCGGCGGCGCGGCGGGCGCGGGCGCGGGCGCGGCGUGCGGGGGGUGCGGCGCGUCGCGACACUACCACUACACGAUGCACUUCCCGCUGCCGCCCGCGGAGCCCGACCACACGCCGCACGACGCCAACCAGCGACACAUCCUGCUCUACGGCGUCGGCCGCCAGCGGGACGAGGCCAAGCACGCAGUCAAGAAGAUGACCAAAGAAAUAUGCAAACUAUUCUCAAAAAAGUUCUCAAUCGACGUCGCUGAAGGUGGAAAGAUAAAGAAACAUUCUAGAAGUGAAUUCAAUUUUGAGGCUGUUACACAAAAGUUUCAGGCGAUGUCGAUGUACGAGCAAGGCGCAGUGUCGUGGGCGGUGGGCGGCGCGGUGUGUGAAGCACUCGCCGCGUACGCCGCCAGCGCCACCACCUACCUGCCGCAGCCCGAGCACGUAGCCUUCGCACUAGACCUCAUGGAGAUAGCGCUCAACGUGCACGGGCUAAUCGAGACGUGUAUACAGAUACUGAAAGAGUUGUCAGAAGUGGAAAGCGCUUUGAUAUCGCGCGGUGCUCCUAGCAGUGGGUUGGCUGCACCCCGCGCUUACACGUCGGCGUUAGCGCUGUACACGGUCGGCGCACUCAGGCGAUAUCAUUCCUGUUUAUUGCUAUGCGUGGAGCAGACGUCGGCGGUGUUCGAACAGCUAUGCCGGCUGGUGAAGUGCGUGGUGAACCCUGGAGACUGCGGGUCGGCGGAGCGCUGCGUGCUCGCGCAACUGCACGAUCUUUACAAAGCUGCCGCGCAUCUCUGCCACGCUCCCCACGCGGACACCUUCGCUAAUGCCUAUCCGAAAAUCAAGCAAGCACUAUAUUCAUCGCUUCAACCCACCCCUUCAAAUUAUGUGUACAAUCCACAAUUUUUAAGCGAAUUCUUCACAAAUCCACGUAAAGGUAAAAUAGAAAUAUCGUGGGCUAGACAGGUAGCAGAAUCUCCGGCCAACAGAUACAGUUUUGUCUGUUCGGCAAUGUUAGCGGUUUGCCGCGAAGUAGACAAUGAUCGCGUGAACGAGUUGGGCGUGGCGUGCGCGGAGAUGACGGCGUGGUGCGGAGCGCUGGCGGCCGAGUGGCUGGGCGCGCUGGUGGCGCUGUGCGGCGCCCAGCACUGGCCCGCCCCGCACCCCCCGCACCCGCCGCACCCCGCGCACCCCGCACACCCCGCGCCGCCCUUCUACCCCGACCUACUGCACCACCGCGACCUACACGACGCCGCCGCACACGACGCGCUCGCAGUCUUCACCUGUAUCCUAGUCGCGCGUCACUGCUUCUCUCUUGAGGAUUUCGUUCGGCAUGCUGCGUUGCCGUCACUUGUGAAGGCGUUCGGGGGCGGAGGCUCCAUACUCUCUGGUAGUUCGGCAAAUGGACCUUCGCCUGACGCGGGAGCCCGCCUCACGUGUCAUCUGCUGUUGAGACUGUUCAAAACUGUGGACACACCCCAACCAGGUUUAUACUCUGUGUCGACGUCGCCCGGGCCGGGCGGUGGUGGCGCAGGAGUUCGUCUCUCGUGCGACCGUCACUUACUUGCCGCUGCGCAUAAAAACAUCGGUGUCGGACCCGUGCUAGCUACGCUGAAGGCUAUCCUCAUGGUCGGAGAUUCAACAGCGCGAGACGCCGGCAAGUCAGGUGGAAAAAAAUCUUGCGAAUUGUCCCACAUACUUGGCACCAGCGACUCCGGGCCCACCGAUGCCCAGCUAGAUCUGAUGUCGAUGGUAGACUCAGAGAUGAGUGGGGGCCAUAGAACUCCUAGAGGCAGUGGCGGCGUAGGCUCUACUUUGCUGGACUCGUCGCAAUCCCUGUCGUCUCUCGCUCGUCGCGUGCUCGCUGAGAUAUGCUCUGAGGAGUGGGUGCUACAGAAAUGCCUGCAGAAUCCCGAUGAGCUCUAUCAGCCUGAUAUGCUUCUAGAUUCGAUGCUCACUCCGAGACAAGCACAAAGGUUACUUCACAUGAUAUGUUAUCCUGAUUCAGCGAGCCACACUCAUCCCGAUCUCGAUCAGAAAACCAUGAUCACCCGUUUGUUGGAGAAUCUCGAGCAAUGGUCGCUGCGGAUGUCGUGGUUAGACCUGCAGCUGAUGUUCAAGCAGUUCCCCAGCGGAUCGUCGGAGCUGAGCGCGUGGUUGGACACGGUCGCGCGGGCGGUUAUCAAUGUGUUUCAACAACCAGCGCCUCCGCCGCCGGACAAGGACAGAACGGGCACGGACCGCAGCGUGGUGAGCACCAGCAAAUGGUCGGAGUCUGUGUGGUUGGUGGCGCCGCUCGUUGCCAAGCUGCCCGCCGCCGUGCAGGGCCGCGUGCUCAAGCAAGCUGGACAGAUCUUAGAAAGUGGUUGGGGUGCGGGAUGCAGCGGCAGUUGCUCGAGUGGCAGCGGUGGCGGGGGAGGAUCGCACAGAGACUGCAAAAGUCACCAGAGUCCCAGUUACAAAGGGUCAUCAGGGGGCGGAGGAGGCGGCAAGCGAGGCGUGAGUGGCGGCGGCUGCGGCGGGGCGUGUGGCUGUGGUGGAGGAAAUGCAGUGCGACUCGCCAACGAACCACUGCUCUCACUCGUACUCACCUGUCUGCGGCACCAGGACGACCAGAAGGAAAGCCUGCUAAGCUCGAUCCACGCUCAGCUGCAGCACUAUCUGACUCACGCUCGCGACCACGAGAGGUCGGCGUGCAACGACACGUGGCAGGACGACGCGGCCCCCGAAGCCCUACAGCUGCGGUUCUCGUUGGCCGGCGGCAUGUUCGACGCCAUACGCCGCUCCUACCAGCUCACCUCGGACUGGGCGGUACUGCUCACGCAACUGGUCGCUCACCAGGUCAUCGACGCUUAUAACAACAGCCUGUGUCGCAGCAACCUCUUCACAACGUUGAUCGACAUGCUGGCGACGUUGAUACACUCUACGUUAGCGGAUGGCAGUGACGACAAUAACAGGAAGCACUACCAAAACCUGAUGAAGAAACUUAAGAAGGAGAUCGGCGACCGGUACGGGCCUUCCGUGCAGGCGGUGCGACAGCUGUUGCCUCUGUCCAAGAACGCUAUAAUUGAAGUAAUCGCAUGUGAACCAAGUAGCAAGAUUAGCUUCGACACUGAUAAAAAACAGGGCCUUCGUUUAACGGACAAACAGCGCGUAUCCAGCUGGGAGUUAGUAGAGGGUGGUCGCAACCCGGCGCCGUUAUCGUGGGCGUGGUUCGCCGCCACUAAAGUUGAAAGGAAACCUCUCACUUACGAAACAGCACACAGGUUAUUGAAAUAUCACACACACAGUCUAGUGAAACCACUGAGUUAUUAUUUAGAGCCGCUGCCUCUGCCGCCUGAAGAUCUUGAAACAAAUGAUAGUAAACAGGAUAAUGGCAGUUUGGACUCUAGCCCCACUGGUGCAGGCAAAGGACGAUCUCGGUCAGCGCCAUGCAAAAAAAUCAAGAAGCCGAAAGCCACAACACCGACGAACGGAAACGGUCCGGUGAAUCCGAACGCGGGCCCCACCGGCAUGGCGGCGACACCCGCCCAGCAGCCGCAGUUCAUGCAGCAACCGCAGCAGUGGUUCCCAGCGCCCGGACAAAACUAUUACAACCCGCCAGCUGGUGUGAGUCCUCGUGGAGUUGCGCCGCCAUCCAACACUCAAUCGAAGCAGGCUCUCAGCAACAUGCUGCGACAACGACUACCAUUCAAUCAAAUAGCGCAGAUGCAGGGAAGCGGCUAUCCAGGGGCACCACACGCAAGAGCUCCGUAUCCGCGUCAGGGUAUGCGCCAGAUGCAGCCUAAUCAAAUGGGAGUCAGUCAAAUGCAGCCCAAUCCAAUUGCGCCAAUGGGUGCAAUGGGUGGUAUGGGACCUAUGUCGCAAAUGGGUGGAGUCCAAAUGCCGGGUCAAAUGGGCGCUGGCCAAAUGGGUGCCGGACAAAUGAACAGUGCGCAAAUGGGCGGCGCGCAGAUGGGUAACGCUCAGAUGGGUGGGGCUCAGAUGGGCGGUAUGGGAGGACAGAUGUUUGGUGGACAAUAUGGUGGUAUGCAACAGGGAUAUGGUGGAUACGGUCAACAGAUGAUGCAGGGUGGUCAACAGCAAAUGAUGAAUCAGGGUAUGGGACAGGGUGUAAAUCAAAUGGGACAACAAGUGAAUUCUAUGGGUCAAGGAGUUAAUUCUAUUGGACAGAAUGUAGGUCAAAUGAACCAAGGCGUGGGACAGCCUACUCAAAUGCCUCAGGGUAUGGGGCAAAUGGGACAAAGUAUUAACCAAAUGGGACAACCUAUGGGACAAAUGGGGAGAAUGGGACAAAGUGGUGGUAUGGGGGCUAUGAACAAUCGGGAUGCUAUGGGCCCACAAGGCGGCAAUGCUAUGGGUGGCUUCCCAGGACAACAAACAUUCCAACAGAACAUGAUGGGUGGUCGUGCGACACAAGAAGCCUACUUAGCGCAACAGAGACAAAACACUCGACCACAAUACAUGCAGCAGGCACCAAACGUAACGAUGGGCGGGAUGGGUGGUCCAGCACCGCCGUACCCUCGUGGCAUGCAGCCCCAACAGAGCGCUCAAUAUCAACAGCAGAUGACAGAACAACGCAUGCGACAACAGAUGUUAGCCAUGCAGCAACAACAACAACAGCAAGCGCCGCUCGUUCAGCACCUACAACGGCAACAAUACCCCCCGCAAUACUAAUCAUCUCAUAAAAUGUUUUAAUCUCCUUACAAACCUAUUUUAAUCAUUUAUGUAUAUUGUCUUGUACUUUUAAGUUAAGAAUGUAUCUCAUUAGAAAAACCGACACGACGUUAUGGGAACGGUGGGUAUUUUUUUUCGUCUAGCUAAGCGUCUAAUUAAUAGGGACCUAUAUAACAGGCGGUGUUACCAGACCUUUAGGAAAAUUACAUAACGAUAGCUGAAAUGUUUAUGUAAUAAAAUUUUGGAAAUCGUGACUAUUAUAUUAUUCUGUUUUUAUAAAUAUUUUUUUGCUUUUAUAUUUACAUAUUGUAUUAUAAAGUAACUUUUUUUUAUACAUUGACUAGUGUUUAUAAACUUAUUUGAUUAAAUAAAAGUUAUCAUGAUUUUAAAGGAUAAAGUAUCUUAUUGAUAUUAUGUAAGUUUGCAGAUGCAACACUAAAUCAAACAGAUCUUUAAUUUUAUCUAUACACUAAACAAUAAGAUUUAUUUUAGAUCAUACUAGAUCUAUUGACGAAAUAUUGUUUACAUUUUUGUAUGCAUAAAGGUGUCUUUGUAAUAAGAAAUCAAAUUGUCUUAUCAAAUAACGUGUUUUCGAAUACUGUUUAUUAUUUAUAUAAAUGUAGGGUAAGUAUAAUUUUAUUGUCAUUUAUUUGAUAGUAAUGCAUACAUUGUAAAUAUUGGUUUUUGUAAAUAUAUGAC